UUCUUCCCCGGGGUUUAUCCAUCUGCUCUCAGCCUACGCUCCUCGUCUUCGCUCCGACGACCCGCCUUUUCGCGAUGCUCUCUCCAUGGCACUCUCUCCUCUCCCCGACCGCACCUACCGCCACGGAGAUACGGGCACCGCUGCAUCCACCAAACCGCUCCCUGCACUCCUCGCUUCGAUCACCACCACCGCGUUCCGUGGCGCGGGCCGCCCCCACGCUCUCCGCCACCGCGACGGCUGUCUCCUCGCCGCCCUCUCCAAAGAAGAAGGUUCUCGUGCCCAUCGCCAUGGGCACAGAGGAGAUGGAGGCGGUCGUCCUCGCCGGCGUCCUCCGGCGAGCCGGCGCCGACGUGACGCUGGCCUCCGUCGAGGACGGCCUCGAAGUGGAGGCCUCCUGCGGCUCCCGCAUCGUCGCGGACACGCACAUUGCCUCCUGCGCCGACCAGGUGUUCGACCUUGUGGCUCUUCCGGGAGGAAUGCCUGGUUCAGUGCGGUUGAGAGAUAGUGAUAUCCUUAAGAGGAUCACAGUUCGUCAGGCUGAGGAGAAAAGACUGUAUGGUGCUAUAUGUGCUGCGCCUGCAGUUGUUCUAAUGCCGUGGGGUCUCCACAAGAGAAAAAAGAUCACCUGUCACCCAUCUUUUAUAGGAGAUCUCCCUACAUUCCGAGCUGUUGAAUCAAACGUUCAGGUUUCAGGAGAGCUCACUACAAGUCGUGGGCCAGGGACGUCAUUCCAGUUCGCUUUAUCAUUUGUUGAGCAAAUGUUUGGGCCUCAUGCAGCUGAAGAUGUGGACAGAAUUUUGAUGACACAAAUUGACGGCGAUUUUGAAAGGAGUACAGAGGUCAAUGAACUUGAGUGGUCUAUUGAUCACAAUCCUCAUGUUCUUAUUCCAAUCGCAAAUGGGUCUGAAGAGAUGGAGAUCAUAAUUCUGGUUGAUAUUUUAAGACGUGCAAAUAUAAAUGUGGUAUUGGCAUCAGUUGAAAAAUCUCCAAAUAUUGUUGGAUCUCAAAGGAUGAAGAUUGUUGCUGAUAAAAGCAUCACGAGUGCCUCCGAUUCAAAAUACGACCUCAUCAUUCUUCCUGGAGGAACUGCUGGAGUUGAGCGGCUGCACAGGUCAAGAAUUCUGAAGAAGUUACUCAAAGAACAAAAGCAAGCUGGCAGGAUGUAUGGUGGGGUCUGUUCUUCUCUGAAGGUCUUGCAGCUGCAAGGUUUACUUGAGGAUAAAAUAGUGACAGCUCAUCCCGCUGUAGCCAAUGAGCUUACUUGCAAAAUUAUUGACCGAUCAAAUAUUGUGAUUGAUGGAAAUUUGAUUACUGGGAAGGGGAGUGGAACAGUUGUUGAUUUUGCCCUAGGUAUCAUCAGGAAAUUUUUUGGCCAUGGACGAGCCAAAAGUGUGGCGAAUGGAAUAGUUUUUGAGUACCCUAAGAGCUAAAGCACCAAGAAUUGCUGAAACUACGAAAUGCACAACACAUUUAUGGUUGUGAUCAAAGAUAUGGCUAUCUAUGCUCCUGAUAAAAGGUGAACCGAUGCUUUUGGGACUGCAAGAGAGUCCUCUGCUGUUGCCUUUCUGGACAGCUGGACUGAAAUCUCCAGAUCCACUAUAUAUGUUGGGAUGGACCAAAUUUACACUAAGAAGCUUCAGUGGAAGUCAUCCCAUCGUCUUGUUGAUAUGAUUUGUUGGCGGAUAAAUGACACAGAGUGAUUGCAAACUGAUUAUGUGCAUUCAGAGGAAACUUUACUGUCUUCAGUGUGCCUGUAUUGGUCUGGGGACUCAUUUGCUGAGGUCUGAAGCCCUUAGAUGUUGCUAUAUACAAUCUGUGAAUUCAUCUGAGAAGCUUAUCUAACUCUGGACUUUCCCAGAUACUGGGUUUCAGGAGUGCAAAGCUAACUAAAUCAAUAUUUGCUUAAAUUGGAACUUGUGCAUUGCUGUUUUUUAAUCAGAAGUCGGUUUGACCUCACUUUGUGUAUUACUGAUUUUGUUAGAAGUCGUUUUGAUCUGUCUUUGUGUACUACCGAUGGAUUGUGCUUUUCAAUUCAUGGUUCAAUGUCACUAUCAGAAGAUACACGAGUUACUGAAUUUAAAAGGCAGUUAGCAUAACA